UCUAGCGGCCGGAAAGCGCCUUAUCUAAGAGGGGAGGCUCUGCCACGCGUCAUUCUUUUAUUCGCGGCCAGGAGCCCACGUCAUCGCGAUUAGUGUAAACCCCCAUUUUGACUUUAAGCUAAUGGCGCUCCUCUAGCUAGUAGCCAUUUCUCUGCGGCAGUUCUUCCCUAGCCGCCGCGCUCCUCUCUCCGCCUCGAUCGAUCCGUCCGCCAUGGCCGCCACGGCAGCCGCCGCCUCAUCGCAGCUCAUCUCGCCCGCGGCGUCGCUCGGAUCGGCGUCGUCCUCGUCGAGCUCGUCGAGCAAUCGCGCCGGAUUCAGGUCUUUCAGGCUCCAGUCCUUCAGCGGCCUCGUCGCCGGGCGCAGGGAUGUGCGCAAGCUGGGCGCAUUGGAUCAGCACCAGGAUUUCGUGGCGGCCGUGGCAUCCCUGGUGAGCAGAGGCCAUGGGCGGGGCAGCCGCGGCGUGGUGUGCAUGGCCAAGAAGAGCGUCGGCGAUCUCAAGGAGGCGGAUUUAAAAGGCAAGCGCGUCUUCGUGAGGGCCGAUCUCAACGUCCCCUUGGAUGGCGAUCUCAAGAUCACCGACGAUACGAGGAUUCGUGCCGCCGUGCCGACGAUCAAGUAUCUCAUCAGCAAUGGAGCAAAGGUCAUCCUCUCGAGCCAUCUGGGACGUCCGAAAGGUGUUACUGACAAGUAUCGGCUUACUCCUCUUGUUCCAAGGCUCUCAGAGCUUCUCGGCAUCAAGGUCGAGAAAGCCGACGAUUCGAUUGGUCCGGAAGUCGAGAAGAAGGUUGCUGCUUUGCCCGACGGUGGGGUGCUGCUUCUCGAGAAUGUAAGAUUCUAUCCCGAGGAGGAGAAGAAUGUCCCCGAGCACGCACAGAAGCUGGCAGCAGUGGCUGAUUUGUACGUGAACGAUGCUUUUGGUACCGCUCACAGAGCUCAUGCUUCUACCGAGGGCGUGACCAAGUUCCUCAAGCCCUCCGUGGCUGGAUUCCUCUUGCAAAAGGAGCUCGACUACCUUGAUGGAGCUGUGUCGAAUCCUAAACGACCAUUUGCUGCCAUCGUUGGAGGCUCCAAGGUGUCGUCCAAGAUUGGAGUGAUUGAAUCCCUGUUGGAGAAAUGCAACAUCUUGUUACUCGGAGGAGGAAUGAUCUUCACCUUCUACAAAGCGCAGGGCCUCUCUGUGGGAUCCUCACUCGUUGAGGAGGAUAAGAUCGACCUGGCAAAAUCCCUGAUGAGGACGGCCAAGGACAAAGGUGUCUCCUUGCUCCUUCCCACAGACGUGGUGGUGGCUGACAAGUUCGCAGCAGACGCGAACAGCAAGAUCGUACCAUCGACAGCAAUCCCCGAUGGCUGGAUGGGUCUCGAUAUCGGGCCCGACUCUGUGAAGACGUUCAACGAGGCAUUGGACACCACCAAGACCGUCAUCUGGAACGGGCCCAUGGGAGUGUUCGAGUUUGACAAGUUCGCGGUUGGCACGGAGGCUGUUGCGAAGAAGCUGGCGGAGCUUAGCGGCAAAGGUGUGACUACAAUCAUCGGCGGAGGUGAUUCCGUGGCGGCCGUGGAGAAAGUCGGGGUCGCGGAUAAGAUGAGCCACAUAUCAACCGGGGGUGGUGCUAGUUUGGAGCUGCUCGAAGGCAAAGUUCUUCCUGGCGUCGCUGCUCUUGACGAGGCGGUAGCGGCAGUCACGGUGUAGGAGGUAAUGCUCUACCGUUUCUACAUUUUUCUCCUCUCUUUGUUUUGGCUCCAAUAAGCUGGGCAACUGUAACUUAUCUUAACUCGGCAGCAGCGAUGAUCUUGAGCUCUCAGCGCCAGCAUCUAAAAAUCCACAAGAAGAAAAUUCUUGGAACUCGCCGAUUCUUCGUGGUUCUAUCCUUAAAACCCAAGCAAAACCUAUAAGAGAAAUCAUGUGAAUGGCUUUGCUUACCUUCAUGGAGGGCAAACUUUUGCAAAGGAAGUCCCAUUGUUUAUUGUUGUC